CUCGUGGGCUUGCAGUGUUUUUUUUUUCCUAUCAGCAUGUGGCAAAUAUAAUUAGCAAGUGAACAGUUCAGCAACACACAUCAGGUACAGGUAUGGACAGUGAGAAACUGUUAUUCAUAAUCGUCCUGAUGGUAACAUGCACCAUUUUUAAAGCAGGAGAAUUUGCUGAAAUCCCACACUACUUUGGCACAACAGACAACAAGGAGGCAAACUCACCCCAUGUCCAAGUCAAGCAAAAAAGAGAUGGACUAACAAAGCUCUGGACCGUCUCCUUUGAUAUUGAACUUAAGUCUUCAGGCCAAAAUGACACUAAAGGAAUGAGAUCAGCACUGAAUGCAAGUAUUUUCCUUUUCCAGCUUGAAAACACAGUCAACUUCACUGAAGUUAACAUUACUACAGUGUGUUACCAGAAUGGUACGGGAUUUCAGUGCAAGUGUGAAGAACCGCUAGCCUGGUCGUACAACAGCUGUGUUGCGUACACCCCUUGUGAUGACAUCAUUCAAGGCACAUGCAGAUGCAUCGAUGCUGUACCGUCUAAUGGACAUCGCUGCAAACCACAACUACCUACUGAAAUUAAAUUGGACUAUGACAUUGACAUUGAGGUGACCGUGUCAGAUAUCGCAGUGAUAAAUAAUCUAAGGAACAUUCUUGUAACAACACCAUUCCCAUAUCCACUCAGUAAUGCCAUUGAAAUAAUUGGAGUGAACUUAACAACAGUUUGCUACCCGAAUGGCCCUGGAUUCCAGUGCAUUUGUGAAGAACAGUUUGCCUGGUCGUACGACAGUUGUGUUGCAUACACCCCUUGUGAUGACAUCAUUCAAGGCACAUGCAGAUGCAUCAAUGGAAUACCGUCUGAUGGACAGUUCUGCCAACUAAGGCCAAAUGAAAAUGCUACAAUAUCAUCACAUCCAGCUACAUUGUUAGAUUCUACCACACUGGGGCUCACAAUGCAGAAUGUAACAUCCACCGAUGCUGCCACUACCUACACUGCUGCAAAGCAGAGUGUGUCAUCUGCUGUGACUGGCUCAGUUACGUCAAGCUCUACGAUGUCACCCGUAACUGGCCGAUUUAAGCUGCAGAUGUCAUUUAGCAUGUUACGGAAUUUCACAGAGGACUUGAAAGACCCAGCAACAAUGAUGUACAAAAAUUUAAAAAUUAACAUUGAAUCAGCACUCUGUGAAAAAUACAAAGCUAUAUCGGGGUUUAUUCGAGUAGAGGUAACUAACUUCAGGCCUGGAAGUGUGAUUACUGACUUCUUAUUACACACCAACCAACUGAAUUCCACUGAAAUCGCAACAGCAAACAAUGAAUUAGUGGCUGAUCUUGUAACCAGAGGGUAUAAUGCCGACUCCGAUUCUUUUCAAGGAGUUCUUCAUGGACCAGAACCUUUCACAAAGAACUAUGAGAUGAUAUAUCCUGGUAACACCAUGGAGCUGACAUGCAUGGUUCCAGAAUCAAUGCAAAAGGGAACCGUGUCGUGGUUCGUGAAUGAUAUAGCAGUGUAUAAUGAUACAAAGUACACAAUCACCAAUUCAACUCUAAAACUUACUGUUAAGGAUAUAAGGACUGAUGACAGUGGAACAUACAGAUGCAGCAUGAAGGAUGCGAUUUUGAUUUUCCUCCAUGAAGAACUCAUUAACGUAACGAAUGUUGUCGCUCCAAUAGUCAAACUCAGCAGAUGGCAACUGAACAGCCCGUGUGACAGCAUUGAAGAAAUUAGCUUGGAGUGCUGUGUCACAUACAACAAUAUCGAUGAUAUUGAGGCCAAAUGGAUGGCCAUUGUUGAACUCUCAACCAAUGUUCUCCCUGAAAGCAACAUAAAAUGUUUUGUCCAUUCUUUUAACACCGAACAAGGAAGAUGUGACCCAAAAAUUUUUACCUGCCAAGUAAAAAACAGAGGAAAAAUCAUCAGUGAAGUAAAGGCCACACUGAACUUUUUCUCAGGAGCGCCAGAGUGUAACAGCAUUCCCUAUGGUUCUGGGAAGGAAGGAGACACAGCUGUUGUGUGCUGCAGGGAAAACUUUGAAGGCACCAUAACAGCAAGAUGUUUACAAGGAGUUUGGGUGAUUGUAGCUGAUAAUUGCAUUUUGAGUGAAAUUAUCAGACUACAAAAUGUAUCCAAGAACCUCAAUGAAAUAACUGUGCCAGUUUUUUUGGAAGAGCUGAAAAACACCACAGAGAACCUUCAAAAUGAAAUAGAGAAUUCAACUGCCACUAUUUCUGCUAUCGUUGACAUUUUGAGCAGAAUUUCUGCCAUUACACAAACCAUCAACAGUGACGUGAUGACAAAUGUUUUGAAAACUGUGACAAUUUUAGUUUCAGACCAAUCUGAGAAAUCUUGGGCAGAACUGAACAGCAAUACCGAAACCCAAAAUACAAGCUCUGCUUUGCUGGAAUCAGUAGAGAAAAUUGCAGAAAAUCUUUUAAGUGACUCCUUUAAAAUAAGUACAAAAAACAUUGAGUUAAGCAAAACAACAUUUACAAGCACUUUCAGUACAAGUUUGAACUCAUCUCAGAUACUCAUCCCAAAUCAAGGUCUUCCCAUCAACACGGGUAUCACACUUAUCGUCUUUACGACUCUUGAGUUUGUCUUACCUUCACGGAGCACUGGAAACAGUGUAAACAACUCCAUCAAUGGAAUUGUCAUGUUAGUUUAUGUAAAUGAAACCAUUAAUAACGUUUCAAUGACGUUCGACAAAAUAAGCAAAACAAAAGGAAACAACCAGUGUAUUUUUUGGAACUUCAAACUUUUUCAAGGCAUCGGAGGCUGGGACUCAACUGGAUGUCAACUGCAAUCUGAAACGAAUGACAGUGUCACCUGUUCCUGUAACCACCUGACUUCCUUUUCGAUAUUAAUGUCACCUUUCGUACCUGAAUCCAUUGAGGUUGCUCUGAAUUACAUCACGUACUUUGGAGUCAACAUAUCAGUGGGAUCCCUGGUCUUAUGCCUUAUAAUUGAAGCAUUUGUGUGGAGUGUUGUCACUAAGAACAGCACGUCACACAUGCGACACGUCACUAUAGUGAACAUUGCUCUGUCUCUGCUGAUUGCUGACAUAUGGUUCAUCAUUGGAGCGGCUGUGUCAAAUGUAGGCCAGGACACACCGAAGAAUGCAUGCAGUGCUGCAACCUUCUUCAUUCACCUCUUUUAUCUUGCCUUGUUCUUCUGGAUGCUGAUCUCGGCUCUUUUGCUCUUCUACCGUACCAUGAUGGUUUUCUCCCACAUGUCAAAGCGCACUAUGAUGGCCAUUGCCUUCACAGUGGGCUACGGGGCACCACUCAUCAUUGCCUUAAUCACCAUUGCAGUCACUGCCCCCAAAAAUGGCUACUUCAGGCAAGAUGAUGCAUGCUGGUUGAACUGGUACCAGACUGAUGCCCUCUUGUCAUUUGUGAUUCCGGCCUUGAUCAUUGUAGUUGUGAACCUGCUCAUUCUAAUUGUGGUUCUGUAUAAACUACUGAUGAGGGGAGUUGGUGAGAACCGUCAGUCUGAGGAGAAGAAUGCUCUGCUGGUCAUCGCAAGGUGUGUCGCUGUUUUGACUCCCAUCUUUGGCAUCACCUGGGGACUUGGCAUAGGGACCAUGGUGGCACCCGCAAAUCCCGGAGUCCACAUUACAUUUGCGAUCUUCAAUUCACUUCAGGGAUUCUUCAUUUUAAUAUUUGGGACUCUCCUAGACAGCAGUGUUCGAACAGUCAUCAUGGGAAAAUGUUUGUUUCUGCCAAAAACGUGUAACAGAAUAAGGAGUACAAGUGCAGGUGCAUCUUCUUGGGCUGCCCAUUUUAGAAGAGGAAGAAAAAACUUCUACAAUGUUUCAGAAGCUACAAGUUCAAGCCAGUCAUCAGAAUCAUUCAUCAAUAAUGUUGCUUUAUAAAUAUUUCUGAGCUAUUUCAGUAUUUGAAAAUCAAAAUUUUUAAACUAUGUCUCUGUAGUGUCAGUGUAGAUGGUAGUGUAACUUAUUGAACUAUUAUGAAAUAGGCUGGGAUUGAAAUGUUUAUGCCAUGCAAUGAUCCAUUCAUGCUUGUAAAUUGAAAUACAAAUUAAGGACUCAUUGUUCUUAAUUUACUAACAUGAAACACUCUCAAGUGGUUGGAUAGAUGUGACCUUUUGAGUGAAUGCAAAAUUUUCUUAUAGACAAAUAAUUAUUUUUUGUAUAUUUCAACUUAUAUUCUGGAAAGAGUUUCUUAGAGUAGCUUUGGGAAAAUGUGAUGAAGAAUAUUAGGUUUACGGUUAUGUUUUUUAAAAUUAUUAUUACAUUAGAUUGUUUAUUCAUUUAGGGGCUGUGCAGCAUUAAACAUAAUUUUAUGUUCAUGCAUAAAUGUGUAAACUACCAUUCUUUAAAGUAUAUUUUCCUUUUAAUUUCUUAGUACUUUGGUAAUUUGAUUGUUUAGUUAUGUAACUAAUAUGUAACAGUGGUUGAAAACCAUUGCUGUUUGUAUUGUUAUAGAAUCAUUCGUACAGUA